GUCCAAGGAGGUCGGCCAGGUCUCCGGCGAGGACUCGCCCCUGGCCCGGAACCACACGACGGGCGUCGGCACGGCGUCCUACGCGGCGCCGGAGCAGCUCGCCAAGGGCGCGGCCUACGGCGCGGGGGUGGAUAUUUUCUCGCUCGGGCUCGUGCUCUUCGAGCUCGCGACGCCGCUGGGCACGGCGAUGGAGCGCGCCAAGGCCUUCCAGGCGCUGCGGAGCCGCGACCCGGCGCCGGCGCUGAGAGACGCGCCGCCGGCCGUCGCGGCGCUCGUGCGGCGCUGCUGCGCGCUCCGGCCGGCGGACCGGCCGACGGCCGCGGAGGUCGCGGCGGCCGCGGCCGCGGCCGUCGCCGUCGCGCCGCGCGACGCGGCCGCGGACGCGCUCGCGGACCUGCCGAAGCGGGCCCUCGUCGAGGAGAUCCUGCGCCUGCGGCGCGCGCUCGAGGGAGCUCGGAGGGACGACCCUGGAACCCUGAGGGGCCCCGGGGACGAGGGCGCGCCGCUCGCGCGCCGCGAGGCGAACCCCCGCCGGGGCUUUAGCGCGUAA